GAGUUGAGUCCCGCCAUGAAACCAAAACGACGUCGCCGAGGCUCUCUCACUCUCUCUCUGAGAAGCAGCAAUGGCGGAAGUGAAGCGGUGGAGUGUGACCUACACAAAGCACAUGAAGCAGAAGCGCAAGGUUUACCAGGACGGUUUCUUAGAGCUCCACACCUCCACCAAUAAGAUGUUGUUGUUCGACGACUGCGAGAAGCUCUUGGAGUGCAGGAUCUUGAAGAAAGACGAAGCCGUUAGCUCCGGCGAAACACUCACAUUCAAUGCUUUUCUGGUUGAUGUGAACGACGCUGAAUCCGGUGACGGAGAUCAGAAACCUAAACCUGAACCUGGUUUCAGUUCUCGAGAAAACGACAUGAAGUUCAGUGAGAAACGAGCGAAAUCGUGGAAUAAGCCACAGCCGUUUCAGACUCCGGCGCAAAAUAUAAUCAGAGGAAAGAAGCCACUGCAAAAUUUGAGUCCAUCACAGAAUAUUAUCAAAGAGUUCAAGAAGAGGGAACUGCACAAGUAUGGUGCAGCACUUAGUAGUCCAGAGACAGUGACAACUAGCACAACAGAAUGGCAGGCUUUGUACACCACACAGCUAACUCAAAAGGCGAAGAAGUAUCAUGAUGGUUUCUUGCAACUAGCAAUUACUGGGUCUCAUGGAAAGCAGAUACUUCUGUUGGAUUCAAGCAGGAAUCAGUUAGAUAGCAGGUUCCUUAAGAAAGAUGAAGUCAUAGCAUCCGGUGGAUCAAUAGCAUUUGAUGCUCAUUUGGUUGAUAUUGGAGAGCAGGAAGGAGACCAUAAACCUACGGAUUUGCAUCGUAAAGAAAAUAGGCAGAAUAUUGUGGGAGAGGCAAGAAUAAAGCAGGAACAGAGUAAUGGUGUUAUCACUGGUAAAGAUGAUGGAAAAGAAUGGAAGGUCCUAUACACUAAACAAGUAACUCAAAAGGCCAAGAAGUACCAUGAUGGCUUCUUACAGAUCGCAUCUAGUGGCUCCUUUGGAAGACAGGCAAUGCUAUUUGAUGCAACUAGGAAACUCUUGGAAACCAGGUUCCUCAAAAAAGAUGAAGUUAUAAGCUCUGGUGAAUCAUUUGCAUUUAAUGCUCAUUUGGUUGAUGUCGGGGAACCUGAAGGGAAUGAAGCUCAGGUUGAUUUGAAGUCUCAAGGAAAAGAUUGCCAUGUGCAGAAAUCAGGGAAAUUGCAUAGAGAAGAUGAUUGCAUUAUAAUCAAUGAUUUUGAACUAAAAGAGUGGGAAGCUCUAUACACCACUCAGAUCACUCAGAAGUCCAAGAAGUACCAUGUUGGCACCCUCAGACUUGCCUCUUCUGGUUCUUUCCGUAAGAAGAUUACUUUACUUGGUGAAGAUAAAACCAUACUGAGCAAUAAGUAUGUUAGUUUGUCAGAAGAUAUAAACACAGGAUCUACUCUUGAGUUACCAAAAUACUUGGUGGAGGUUGGUAUUCCAUGUGCAAUUGCUGGAGGUGAAGGAACAACUCUCAACAAAGCUUGUAUAAAGAAACCUUCAGACUCAAGGUUUAGCAUCUCUAGUGUAGAGGAAACAAAAUUAAGCAGAGGAGUCUACAGAAACAAUCCUUUAUGUGAUGGUGAAGAAAACUCUCAGAACAAAGCUUGUUCGAAGAAAGCCUUAAACUCAAGUUUUAGCAUCUCUAGUGUAGAGGAAACAAAACCAAGCAGGGGAGUCCCUACAAACAAGCUUCUACGUGAUGCCCAUCAGAUAUUGUCCUUUCUCCAAAACCCUAUGGCUCAGGAGAGUGUAGCUUCACGUCAAGCUAACAGCACCGAAAAACCAGUUUCCUCAACUAAGGGGUCUCAAGUUUCAGAUGCUAUAAUGGUGGAUAUCUCUGAAGAUGUUCGGCCAGCAGAAUCACAAUCAUCAGAACCACAUAACAGAUCAGUUGAAAAUAAAGAACCAGGCAAUACUAUGGAAAUUGGAAUUAAAGCAAUGUCCAGCGGUUGUGGCAGUCAAUUAGCUGAGGGUAUAGACAUCAAAAACUCCCACCAGCUUCAUUCAGACCAUGUUGAAGCCGACACUGCACGUCAUAACAGAGAAUGUGUUUCUGAUGAAUCAAGAUCAAGUUCUUGUUUUUCUCAUGAUGCUGCUGACGACGAGAAGAUUGUAUCCCAGGAGCCUAGUUGUGCAAGGAACCAAGAAUGCCCAAGUUUUGAACUAGAAUUCCCUAGUUUUGAUCUUGGAUUUUAACCAACCUAGAAGUUUCAUUUGUAUACUUACCUUGUGAA